AUGUCUCAUGAUCUCCCUCUUCCAAUUCCCUGCCCGGUCCGGCUUGGAAUUAUAAAAGGUGAUUCCCUGGAAGCUCAGCUACAUGACUAUGUCAGGCAAGGAAACUAUGCAAAAGUGAAGAAGCUGCUGAAAAAAGGAAUUUCUGUUGAUGCUGUUAAUUCCAUGGGCCAGACUUCACUCUUCACCGCUGCAUUGCUAGGUCUUCGUAAAAUAGUGGAUGUGCUGUUGGAUUAUGGCUCAGAUGCUAAUCAUCGCUGUUACGAUGGAAGCACCCCGGUCCAUGCAGCUGCAUUCUCAGGAAAUCAGUGGAUCCUUAGCAAGUUAUUGGAUGAAGGAGGUGACCUGAGAGUACAUGAUAAAAAUGGGAAAAGUCCUCAGUGCUGGGCUAUGUCUGCUGGGAAAGAAAGCAGUGCUCAGAUGCUGGAAUUUAUCCAGCGUUGUACAUCCCACAUGCAGGCUGUCAUUCAGAAUUUUCCUUCUGAUCUGCUCAAGAAGGUUGGCUCAUCAAAUGCGCUGGUCUGCAGCCCGUCUAGGUUUGGGGGCCUUGUUCAAGGAAAUGUUGACAGUCCUCUGCGUAGAUUUCUAAAAGGUGGAGCUAACACAGCCAAGAGCAUUUACAGCUUUGGGUUUGGGAAGUUUUAUCUUGCAGGCAGCGGUCAUCUGGGGUACUUGGCAUCUCUCCCUAUUAUUGGGGAAAAAGACUUGGUUCAGGCAGAUGAUGAACCAGCAUUUUCUUACCAUGUUGGACCAUACAUGAUGAUGACAAACUUAAUGUGGGAAGGCAGCAGAGUUACAGUGAAGGAACUCAGCUUUGAGCCCCACCAGAACUGUAUUAAACUACGCUUGGCUGAUCUUCUUGUUGCAGAGCAGGAACGUAGUAGUCAGCUCCGUCAUCCUCAUUUGCUACAGUUGAUGUCUGUUUGUCUGUCUAGUGACUUGGAGAAAACCCGUUUAGUAUAUGAAAGGGUUAACUUUGGUUCUCUGUACAGCAUUCUUCAUGAAAGGCGUUCAGAAUUCCCAGUACUGCACAUGGAGACCAUUUUGCACGUGCUGCUUCAAAUUAAUGAUGCUUUGCGUUUUCUACACUCCCGGGGAUUUAUCCACCGUUCAGUUACCUCCUAUGCUAUUCAGAUUGUUUCUUCUGGUGAGGCAAAGCUGUGCAACUUGGAAUACAUGAUAGAGAGCAAAGAUGGUGGAGAACAUAGUGAUCUGACACGUAUUCCUGUCCCAGUCCAAUUCUAUAAGUGGUGCUCUCCUGAAGUAAUUCUUGAAAAAGUUGUCACAGUCAAAUCGGAUGUUUAUAGCUUCUGUACAGUAGUGCAGGAGGCCUUGACAGAGACCCUUCCCUGGAAAGGUUUUGAAGACUCAGUUAUUAAACAGCUCAUCAUUUCAGGACAACAGUUAGAAGCAGAUGUCAGACUUCCUAUGCCCUAUUACGAUGUUGUAAAGUCAGGGCUAGAACCUAAGCAGAGGAACCGCUUCAUGAAACUUCAGGAUAUUCAAUAUAUAAUGAAAAAUGACUUAAAGGACUUAACCAAGUCUCACACUGGUCAUGCUGAUGAAAUAUCAAAAGCACCAAGACCUGCUGCUUUUGCGGAUGUGAACAUCUGUUUGGCAUCAGCUUUUAGCUACCAGAAGAGAAGACAGGAAGUGCAGAGAGAAGAGAUAACCGAGGCUGACAGCUCUACUACCUCAAGAUACUCUCCCUUACCUGAGGAGCAUAGUGCUUCAGUGGACCAAGAGGCAUCAAUCAGUCUGCAGCCAGUUGCACAGGACAAAAAUCAUGAUGUAGCAUCUGAACCCCAGACAACCUUCAGUGCCAGUGAUGUGGAUGACAGCCUUUGUAGCUUUGAAAACAAUGAAAUCUUUGCCAGUUUUCCAGAAUGCCACAACGACUCAAUGGAAGAAGAAGCUGGAUUAUGUCAAACUCUAAAAGAUGAAAAAAUGCAGCAAAAGGAAGAAGCUUGGGGUACCCUUGGAGAUCUUUAUGCAUCCCCUGGAGUGCCCUGUGAGGAAAAGCCACUUUAUGAGGAGGGUGGCUUUUCAGAAUCGGGUACAGAGUAUACUACGGAAGAGGAGGAGAGGGUAAGUGAGGCCUCUGACCUUUGCAUGCUGGCACAGGCAAGAGGAAAUGCUGGGAAAAGAAUGGGUCAUCCGUCCCGAGAGGAGCAGUACAUCAGCAAAUGUGUCCUUGAUUUAAAGAUUUUACAAAGCAUGUUGCAUGAGGCAGAAGAUUCCCUGCGCAGAGCAGAGGAGAAAAUGGGCAAAAUAGAUGCCAAGCAAACAAAGCUGCUCCAGGACGUCAGAAUGAAUCCACUUUCUAAGCAAAUUUGUCAAGAAGGACACUGGAACACAGCUGAUGAUACCUCCCAAAAUACCAGUAACCCUUUUUCUGGAGUUAAUAUUUUUUCAUGGAAGGCUAUAGGUCCACCAUCAAGGGUCUAUAUUCCACCACUGAUAACACGUCAGGCACAAGAAGCUUUAGGUGGAGACAGUUUCCAAGCUGUUUCAAAGACAGCAAAGGAAAUGGAGGUAAUUCAAGAUGAGAAGUUGAAGUGCUUUCAUGAGAUGAGUGAGAGUAAAAAUGAAAACAGCUGUCAUGAUCUCUGCUUCAGUGAGGCAGAAAGCCUGGGUGAUCAAAUGAGCCUAGACCAUGAGCGUUUACUCCCACAUGUAUCUGUAAGAUACAAAAAAGAUUUCAACUUGCAGUGUCAGAGAGGAGGUGAUUCACACUCUGCAGCAAGUGGAAGUGAAGAAGAGAGGUGGUGCUAUCUGAAAUCAGGCUCUGAAAUUUACAGUACAAAAACGAGUGAGGAGAGAAGGAUGAUGCAAUCAGGAUGGAGGGCUGAAGUGAAGCGAAUGGCCAGAAGAGUGGCCUCUGGACAUCUAGAACUCAACUCUGCCUGUGCAGCCAGUGAAUGUACAUCUGAAAGUGAAGCAGAGAGUAUAAGGGAAGCCUUUCAACAUGUCACUCUGAGAGUCCAAAAAGGUCAAGACCAACAAAGAUGUGGGUGGCCAACAGGUGACAAUGUUGAGUCUUGGGGUCUGGGCAGUGAGGAUGGAUCUGAAUCUGAGGAGAGUGAUCCUGAGUCUGCAUUCAGAAGUUCUGGAGGGAGAAGUUGCCCGUCACCAUCACAAGAUGAACAAGCAGAGUCUGGAAUAGAGAUUUGUGAAAAUUCAGUCUUUCAACAAGUUGAGAAUCUCUCUAGAGGGCAUUCUAGGGAAUUACAUUGUUCCCCUAAUUCAUCUCCUGAUGUAUCUGAAGAAUUCUCGACUCCUAAUUCUGGUUGUUUCCUUCCUCCUACUACUCAGGGAAGUUCCGAACAAGAGGUAAAAAUAGCAGAAAAGACAGGAGCAAAGUCUGUGUCAAGAACUUUGGACCUUGCCUGCGAGAGAUUGAAUUCCCUUCCUUUCCCCGACGUCCUUCAGACCUCAGAUGCUGAGAGCAAAUUAGAAGAUGAAGGAUUUUUACAGAAACAGUUACCUGACGAGGCAGAAUCAGGUAUUCAGGCUUCAGGAGGAAAAAUAUUAUUCUGCAGCACAGCGGCACAGAACUCUGGCAGUAACACGCUAGGAGUGGAUCAGCUCAGCCAUAUCCCUGCAGCCAGUGUUGGAGGAGCACAAGAAGCAAUACUGUGGGAGCAACAAGAAGAAUCCAAAGAAAAAGAUGUAUCGGUGACAGAUAUUCAGGAUUUGUCGAGUAUCCCCUGUGAACAAGAGAACUACUACGGGGAUAUAGACUCUAAAACACCCAGAGUGAGUCAUGCACCACCGAGCGUCAGCACCCCGCUCCGCUCAGAAGAAAAAAUCCCAACAGCCUUUGGAAGUAGCUGUCGUGAAGUAGCUUCAGAUUCUUCCUUUUGUGGUUCUCAAGAGAUCUCCUCUGCAGCAUCCAGGACAUUUGCUACAGCCUAUGAAGAGGAAAAGAACACUGAAAUUCCCUCGGUUGCUUCAGGAGCGUGCUCGUCUGAAUUGAAUGAGCCUGAUGGGGUGCCAGCCAUUGCUUCGUCCUCGAGAAGCCCCAGGAAGGCAGCUGCACUCUCACAGGCAUCUAACCGCCUCAUUGAUGAGCUCCCUCCACCAGCCCAAGAGCUGCUGGAUGAAAUUGAAUAUUUAAAGCAUCAAGAUUCCAUUGCUCAAAACGUUAAAGAGGAGGGAUUGUAUGACUGUGGAGUGCAAAUAAAUGCUCCCGAUCAAAUUAACAUGGAAGACAGAGAGUCAGAAAAAGAAUUUGAGAGAAAUGAGAAGACAAAUCAUAGUUUAUGGACUAAGGAGUCAUUUAAUCUAGCAGAGGAAACAGAAAGGGCUCACUCUACUCUUGAUGAUAUCUUAGAAAGAAUGCUUCACGCAGUUCCUGGAGAUGAGGAGAUUGAAGAACAACCUCAGGGACACACUGCUGGGACUGCAAGCCAGCAGGAUCCAGAAGAUGCUGGAAGGAAGAAGGGAGAAGAGGAAGGCGGAGCUGUGGCCAGAGGUAGAGCACCAGAAAGCUGUGCAGGGAGUUCAGAAGACACUCGUCCUGAAGAUCAGAAAUUCCACUUACAAAAAGAGCUGUCUUCAUCUUCGCCAUUCAGGAUAAUUGUUUUGGAUCAGAGCUCUCCUACAUGAUUAAAAUGGAUAGUGCAUAAAUUCUAAUGUAUCACCUGCUUACUGCUGCUCGUACAGUGUUCAGCCUGUGAAUUGCAGCCCAUCCCAGCCACAUAAAUGAUUGUAAAGCUCAUAUUUCCUUUAACUGCAGCAGCAAGUACAGAAAAAAAUCUAAUGCUCUCCUUUUAACCCAGUUUGUUCCGGUUUUACACCAUCAUUGCCCAUAAAGGCAGUGUCAGUACUGUCACAGGACUGAACUGUUUUCUGUAUAUAACAUCUUUACGAAGCUGGUGAUGUGGUGGGGUUUUUCCUGCACGUUCAUGCUUUCAAAAGCAAAAGAAUUUCUUGCUCUGUUGCAUUAUGUUUCGGUUUUCAGUGUUACAGGCAAAAUGAUUGUAAUUCAAUGGGCUGCUGUUCCUGCUCAGGCACUUGUUAAAUUUUCCCGUGCUGGAGUGUGGAGCACUGUUACAGCCCAUGGAGUCUAUGUUUUUCCUUGCUCGUUAAAUUUAACAAGGUAAUUUCUUGUUUUCUCUUUUCUUAGUGCUUUUGUGAUGUAGUCUUGAACUGAUUUGACUGAUUAAGGGGAUUAAUUGCUGUGCAAAAAGCUAAUGAGAAAAAGGCAAUGUUCUCCAGAGAUUGCAAGUGUAGCAAUCCAUUCCCUGACAGCAUUAGACAAGAAUAUGAGAAAAUCUGUUUAGUAUUACGAAGAUCCUUGUUUAAUUAAACCAUGCUUUUGGUAGACUCAUCCGAAAAACCAUCCCUGGAUAUAAUUGAGGCUUAGUUCAGAAUUUUGAUGGGGACAGCGACCUCGUACUUAACUUGUCUUGUGAUAAAUGCUGUUAAGGUGCAAGAGGUGUGAAGAUUGUCCUUGUCCCUCUUUGUCAGACGCUGGGGUUGUAGCUGCCUUCAUA